UAAACAAAUAAUUUUUCACCCUCCAGAUUCCAAACUAGAAUGGCUGAAGUCAUUGUUAACAUCUUAGUGGAAGUGUUGUCUGAGAAGUUGGCCUCUGUUGACUUCUCAAAUUUGGGUCGACCUGAAGCAAUCGAACCUCAGCUGAAGAAAUGGGAGACAGAUUUGCGGGUGAUCAAAGCUGUGCUUGAUGAUGCAGGCCAGAAGCAGAUUUCACAAAAAGCUGUUGAAUUGUGGCUACAUGAGCUCCAGGAUUUGGCUUACGACAUAGACGAUUUUGUUGAUGAUUUGACCACUGAAGGUAUGAUACGCAAAUUUCAUCAACAAUCUCAUGCUAGAACCAACACUAGUAAGUCCUGGAAGAACAUGAUCCCAAGUUGUUUGGGAUCAUGUACUAAUUUCACUCCUAGUAAGUUUACUUAUGAUCUUGGGUUGGGUUCUAAGGGAGCAAAGAUUACCGAAAAAUUGAAUGAUCUUGUUGAUAAGAAAAAUAAACUGGGUUUGGAUGUGGAUGUGAAAGUUGAGAGAUCAAAUAAACCACUGGAGCAGACUUCACUGGUCGAUGAGUCCAAAGUUAUGGGCCGAGAAGUGGAUAAAGUGGCUUUGCUAAGGAAAUUGUUGGGGAAUGAAGCUUGCAAUCAAAAUGUGAGUGUCGUGUCGAUAGUUGGUCUGGGCGGAAUUGGCAAAACAACUCUUGCUAAAGUUUUGUACAACGACAAGAAUGUGAAGAGUCACUUCACGCUCAGGGCAUGGGUUAGUGUUUCAAAUGAGUUUGACGUAGCCGGUAUUAGUAAGGCCAUUUUUCAAGCUGUGGGUGGAGGGGAGGAGCAGUUUGAUAGUUUGAAUCUUCUUCAUGAGGCCCUUAAAGAAAAACUAGAAAGUAAAAAAUUCCUCGUUGUUCUAGACGAUGUCUGGAACGAGAAUCAUGAAAAGUGGGAGAGACUCCGAAGCCCUUUUCUUGUAGGGGCACCUGGAAGUAAAAUCAUCAUCACCACCCGGAAGACCGAGGUUGCAACGGUGAUGAACUCAGUUCAACCUUACAAUCUGGAGGUUUUAUCAGAGGAGAUAGCUCUAUCUUUAUUUGCUAAAUACGUGCUUGAUGAAGAAAACUUUGACAACCAUCCAUCACUUGGAACAAUUGCUCUAAGUAUAGUUAAGAAAUGUAAAGGCUUGCCUCUGGCUUUGAUUACACUCGCGAGAGUAUUGAAGACAAAAGAAAGAAGUGAAGUUGAGUGGAAGAUGAUAAUGGAUUCUGAGAUAUGGAAUCUACAAGAUGAAAAUGGCAUUCUCCCAGCUCUAAAGUUAAGCUACUAUGAUCUUCCUUCGUAUUUGAAGCCACUCUUUGCAUAUUGCUCCUUAUUUCCGAAGAACUAUGAGUUUGAUAAGAAGGAACUAGUCCUACUAUGGAUGGCAGAAGGGUUUUUGUCCCGAUUAGGGGGCAACCGGUCAAUGGAAAAUGCAGGUCGCCAAUGCUUCGAAGAGCUACAGUCAAGGUCCUUUUUUCAGCAUUCAACGGCUCAAAAAUCACGAUACACAAUGCAUGACUGGAUGAAUGCAUUGGCCAAGAGUGUCGCGGGAGAGUUCUUUUUGUUAGACGAUGAGAUGGAUGUUAAUGGUAGAAACGAAGCUUCUGAGAAGCUUCGUCACUUUUCAUUCAUUGGUCAACGACGAUGUGUGAUAUAUGAAAAGUUCAAGGGCAUAGAUAGAGCUAGCCGCUUGCGAACCUUCCUACCCGUGUCGAUUAGUUGGCAACCAUUCAACCCAUUGGAUAGUGAUCUUGUUCAGUUACUUCCCGGAUUAAAGUUCUAAAGGGUGCUAAGCUUGACUAAUUAUUCAAUCACAGAGGUACCACAAUCCAUCGACAGUCUGAAGCACUUGCGCUACCUCAACUUAUCUAGAACAAUCAUCGAAGGAUUACCCGAACAAGUCAGCAACCUAUAUAAUCUACAAAGCUUGUUGGUUCGUGAUUGUGAGAUGUUGUCUAGCUUGCCUGUCAGUUUUGCUAAGUUGAGAAACCUUCGGCAUUUUGACAUCAGUGGUACUCCACUGUUGAACAAGACACCACUAGGAAUUGGGGGGUCAAUAAGUCUACAAACUCUACCUAAGGUUUAUAUCGAAGGAGGUAAUGGGUUUAAAGUAUCCGAGCUUAAGGACCUAUUGGGUCUUCAGGGUCGACUUUCCAUUAAAGGGCUGGACAAGGUGAUGAAUCCAAUACAAGCAAAGGAUGCCAACUUACAUCAAAAAGAGGGCCUUGAUGAUUUGGAGAUGGAAUGGAAUGAAGAUGUCUUGGAUAAUUCUCGGAAUUCGACGAUUGAAUAUGAAGUUUUUGAAGGGCUAAGGCCUCACUGCAAGUUGAAAACACUCAAGAUUUUGUUCUAUGGGGGAAUCAAAUUUCCAAGUUGGGUUGGUGAUCCUUCAUUCCACUUAACUGAGCUUACUUUAGAAGGUUGUAGAUGGUGUACACAUCUACCAACAGUUGGACAUCUAGGUUCACUCAAGAAGUUUGUUAUGAGAAGCCUGCAUAUGGUGAAGACUUUGAGCUUUCAAGGUAUUCUCUUAUUUCCAUCACUUGAAAUUUUGGAAGUUUAUGAUAUGCAAGGUUUGGAGAUAUGGUCAACAAGUGAUGGUAACGAAGAUGACGAAACUGCUAGAUCGUUUCCUUGUCUUCGUCAGAUCUAUAUAAAACAAUGUCCGAAACUGGCUGUUGUAUCAAUCAGUUUGAUACCGUCGCUUGAGGUUUUACGUUUAGAAGAAUGUUCGGAAGCAGUGUUAAGAGGUAUUGUUGGUGCAUCCACAUCAAUCCUUAGAUUGACAAUGUGGGAUAUUAGAGGACUUAGUCAACUACACGGAGAAGUUUUAAAACAUCUUCGGGCGGUUGAACACCUAUGCAUUAAAAACUGCUCUGAAUUGGAAUACUUGUGGGAAUCAGAAUUGGAGGCAUGUGAGUCACUUGUGAAUUUAAAAGUUUUAGAGUUAUAUGGUUGUAGAAUGUUGGUGGCAGAAAGCAAUAUAAAGUCGAUUCCACCCCGUGACCUUUUGGAAAGUCUAACGUCUUUGGAACAGCUAGGGAUAUCUGAUUGUCCAAGACUGGGCUAUUCAAUACCUUUCGGAUUAUGGCCUCGACAUUUAAGGAAUCUUUAAACAAUAUGUGCGUGUCAGAUAGCUACCAUCUUGAACUUCUUUGUCUGUUAGGCAGUAUAUUUUAGAUAGUAUUUUUAUUUUUCUAUUCUUAAUGGUAUCUAAGUGUAAUAUCUAUUCCUAUAUAUAGGAAUCCUUGUAAUUGGUUUUAUUCAAUCAUAACAAAUCAUUGUUCUGUGUUAA